AUGUGUCUGCAGAGUCAAGCACCUAUACCAGCGCUGAUGGUACUUCCACAGAUCCCUCAGAUCUGGAGGCCACCAAAGGGUUCACCUCCUCCAGUUCUGUGGGUGUUUACUCCCCUGAAGAGAGUGAGAUGGCUGACCCUCAGGCUGCAGCCAUUCUUGAAGAUGCAGCUGGUGAUCAGACUGUCCCUGAAGACUGCGUCCUCGGAGUGCUAGCCAGUAUGACAGCCCGGUCAAACAGUCUGCCCCAGGCUGAAAUACUGGAACACACAGAGUGCAGUUCUGAGCGGGAGCAGAUUGAGAUCGAGGAGCUGCACACGGAGGAUGGUGCUCAACUGGCUGAUGUUGUAGCAACAGCAUCACCAACCAACAUCAAUCACUUGGGUUUUCCCAAUUUAGGAAACACUUGCUACAUGAACGCCGUGUUGCAGUGCCUCCUCAGCGUUUCCCCCUUCAGAAAGGAUAUACUUACCCAGAGAGAACGGUGGAACGAGGGAAGCGCAAUGCUCAGGGCGCUUAGUGACCUGCAUAUGACCAGGCUGAUGGGCAACGACAAACAGCUGAAAACAAAGCUCUUGUCCAGUGUGAAGGCCUGCAUUGAAACUCGCCAUCCAGACUUUUUGGGAGACCAUAAACAAGACGCCCAUGAGUUCUUGCUGGUUUGCCUGUCUCACCUUAAAGAGGAGGGCGAGUUUCUGCGAAGCUGCUGGCCCACAUACACCUGCCCAGUAGCUAACAUGGAGUUUCAGCUCAACCGCCUUCUCACCUGCAACAGCUGUGGUUUCCAGAGGAGCUUUACAGAGGAUUCCAACUACCUCUCUCUGGUGAUCAGUCCUCAAAGAAGCCUCACUCACAGCCUGGAGCAGUACUUCAAAACAUCUUCGUUGGACUGCUCAUGCAGUGAGUGUGCUGGCGCGACAGCUUCUGAGGCCCUGGAAUUAGUUACCUGUCCACGGAUCCUGGUGCUUCUGGUGAUGCGUUUUGACAUAACAUCGUCAAUGAAGAAGCUGAAAGAUAAACUGGAAGUUCCACAAGAGUUUUCACUGUCCUGUAGUACAGGUGGAAGAAUCAGACAGCAGGACACUGUAUAAACUAGCUGGUGUCGUGUCACAUAUGGGCAGCAGUUUGUAUUGUGGGCACUACAUCAGUUAUGUCCAUGACGGAUCUGAAUGGCUUAAAUGCAGUGACAACUCCAUCAAAAA